CUGCCACAACAAAGGCGUGGCCCCGGAUCGAUCGAGGAAGCAAGCAACUGCACCCAAACCCUAGCCGACGCCCCCUCCUCCUCCUCCUCCGGAUUCUUGCGGCGUGCGACGUGCCGGUGCCAUGGCGCUGCGCUCUCCCUCCAGCACUUCGCGGCGGGAUCUGGUGCCCCGUUAUUCGCCGCCGGCGGACUCUCUGCCUCCCACCUCUCAGGGUGGAUUCAGCAAUGGAGCCAGAGCUGAUGUUGCUAGGAAGACAAAGGAGGAGGCUGAUCAUUUGUUGGCAAAAUUAGAAAAGGAGGGAGUGGAGAUAGAUGGCAAGAUAACUAGUAUUAUUGGUGAUGGGAUAGGUAGAAUCCAAGCUGAUGCUGCGAGGGAGCACAUGAAUGAACCAAAAUGGAAGAGGAUUAGACGGCUGCUUGCUAUUGCAUCUGCUGCUGUUGGUUUCGUUGUGGGUGUGAAAUGUGAAAUGAAUAGGUACCAAAAGGAACUUGCCAAGAAUAGGGGACAGAUCUUUUGGCAGCUUAAAGAAUAAGCUGCAUCCUCCCCAGCUUUUCCCAUAAGCCGCCUCUCUUAUUCAUUGGGGCUUCUAAACUAGUUAUGGGAUAACUAAUUUAGAAGUCUCAACAAAUUUAGGGGGUGGUUUAUUUAUUAAUCUGUAGAGAGGCAGCUUAUUUUUUAAGCCGCCCAAAGAACUGGUCCAAGCUUGUGGGUGCACUCUGUUUAUGGUAUGUAAAACCAAGUAGGCAAUCUUAGGAAACUACUGUUGGCUAAUUACUGUGGUUUUUGGCAUGUAUACUGUAACUCUUAUUUGGUGACACCAUGUUGCGGCUCUAAGCUGUGUGGAGCAGGUGCUCCAUUAAGUGCCCCUGGUUAGCUAAUGUUUGGUAAUUGAAGAAGGUGUGUGCGAUGAUUAUCUGUGGACCGAUGGUGAUAAUUUAUGAAAUAGUCCAUAAUAUGACAAUCAGAUGGUGGUUUAGGAUU